UGCGCGCGCGCCGGAGCCCUCUCUGUAAGCGGGUCAGUUUGAAGCUGUAAAGGAGCUCCAUGGAAACAAGGCCGCGCGUUGCGUCAGGGGUGAGGGGACCGCUGUCGCCGAUGCUGAGCGCCGGGGGGAGCGGGCCGUUCCUGCGGAGGGCUUUGCGUUUCUAGGGAGCGGUUAAUUGUUGAAUGCUGAAACCGUGAUGGCAAGACCAAUAAUUUCUCCAGUGAAUAUCCAAUCAACGGCUCCUGAAACCUUUGUGGUGCUGAACCAGAGGAUGAGAGUAGUUGAAGAGCAGACAAAUGCACUUUUGAGGGAUCUGCAGGCACUGGGUGUAAACGGACACAGUAUGGACCUCUUCCCUUCAAAACCCUCAGAGAACUCUGAAGAUCACCAAUCCAUCAGACCUGUCCAAGCCCGAGUGGCAUUUGUUGGCACAAAUGACACACUGUGGCAAACCUGCGAAACUCUUGUGAAUCGGAUGUGCCGGCUCGAAAGUGUUGUGCAGACCCUGAAACUCAAUAUGUUCCGGCUGCAGACAGAAAAAGAGCUGAAUCCAAAGCAUGCAGCCAAUUUAGAACAGCGCCUGAACACAAUACAGGAGGAGCACAUAGAAGAAUUAAAGGUGCUUCAAACGGAGGGGAGAAUGUUAUGCCACCAGCUGAGGGAGUCGCGGGAAGAGGAGGAAAAAGCCAGAGAUCAAGUGCAAAGGCUGAGUGCUGCUCUGGAGAUUGCAACUGCAACAAAGAGAGAUGUAGCCAUUGCCGCAGAUGAGUUGAGGGCAACAAACAAUAAGAUGAACCAAAAACUGCAAAAGCUAACUGAGAAGGUGUCCAAGGAGUCUAGCACGCGGCAGUCUUUGGAAGAAUCCCAAGCAAUUCUGCUUUAUCAGAUGCAUGAAAUGGAAGUGUCAGUGGAAAAAGAAAGGAAGCAGGUUCACCUUCUGCAGCAGGACUGUAACAGCCUACGUCAGGAUAUUCAGAUAUCUCGAGAGAGGCUGCAAAAGGAAGAAGAGAGGACUGUCCAGCUGGAACAGCACUGCAAACAGCUUAAAGCUGAUCUAGAAGCCCGAGAGAGUACCAUUUCUAAGCUCAGCGAAGAAGGAAAAACUGCACAGCUGUCUCUGAGCAAAGAACAUCAGGAGAACAUGCAGCUGCGAUCAGAAAUAACUGCUUUGCGAGAAGUGGCAGAAAAAAUGCAGGUGCUUAAUGAGCAGUUGACCCAACAGUGUGCAGAACUGAACGGCACCCUUCGAAAAGUUACCAUGGAGAAUGCUCAACUUAUCUCAGAUCAUCAGACUGCCCUUAAGGUGGAGCAGGAUAAAAUUAAUCAGAAACUGCAGGAACAAGACUCGAUUCUGGAUGCUGCCCGGGCCAGCAUUGUGGGAGAGCUGCAGAUUGUACAGAAUGAAAAAGCUCAGCUCCAGAGAGAGAUAGAAGCCUUGUGUGCUGAGCAUGCUGGCUGCAAGCAGAAAGCUUCCGAAAUCGAGGAGAGUACGGCCGCCCAAAAGGAGCUCCUGGAGUCUACAGUUGCCAGGAUACGGAGUGAACUGGAUACAGCUCUACAGGAGAGAGACUCUCUGCUGAAAGAGAAAGAAAGACAAGAGGAAGAGAUGCAGAAAACAAUACAUGAAAUAACACAAGAGAAUAAAAUAUUAGAAGCAGAACUAACAGAAAAUAAGUUGGAAAUUGGUCCUCUGAAAGAUAUGAUGAAGAUGCUAGAAGAAGAGAACAAGAAACUUAUGGAAAGAGAAGCUGCCUUGGAACACCAACAACAUGCCCAGCAACAAGUAAAGCAAGUUCUAGAAGAGCUAACAGACAACAAAAAUAAACUGGCAUAUGACAAAGGAAAACUUCAGACUAGAGUGCAGCAGUUGGAAGAAGAGGUGCAGUCCUUCAUGGAUGCACGUUCAGAAAACAGUCAGCUUCGCAAGUUGAACACUGCCCUGGAGACUAAAUUUAACCAGGUGAAUGCAGAACUUGGCUCCACGAGGAUUAACAUGCAGAGGAUGGAAGCCCACCUAAAACAGACGCAGUCUGCCCUUGUCUGCAGAGAGGAUGAUUUUUCUGUGACAGUCAAAACACGUGAUGAAGCAUUGAGAGAGAACCAGAAGCUCAAAGAGCAAAUAAGUGCAACUGAAGAGAGAGAAAAACACAAGGUGGUGAAUCUACGACACAAGCUGGAAGAAUCAAAGGAAGAUAAUGUCAAAAUGACAACUAUGCUAGAGAAUGUGUUGGCUUCUCAUAACAAAAUGCAGAUAGCUCUGGAGAAAGUGCAGACUGAACUGGGUCGCAAGGAUUCUGAGAUUGCUAGCCUGAAGAAGGAUAGGACCCAGAGCCAGCAAAUAAUUCAGAAGCUAAAGGCAGAGUUGGAGCAAAGCCAUAGCAAACUAACCUUACAAUCUCAGCAUAACAUUAAGAUUGAACCUCUUCGUAAAGCACUGGAAGUCUCUAAAGGGGAUAACAAGAAACUUGCCCAAAAUUUAGAACAAACUCUACAGACCAAUAGUGCCCUUCAAAGCAAACUAAUGCUUGUUCAAGAUGAGUUGGAAAGCAAAGAAUCAGAGUACCAGCAACUAAUGGAAUGCAGGGACCAAUUAAUUGAGGAAACCAAGAUGGAGGCAAAGUUGUAUGCAGAACGCCUCGAGACUCUGAAGAGACAGUUUCAGACUGAACGAGAAGUAACAAAGAAGGCGGCUCAGAAGGAAUCAGCUGAGCUGAAGAAAGCCCUUGAAGAGGCCUGCACCAAAUCUGGUGAAAUGUCACACGUUAAUAGGGAACUACGGGCAAAAGCGAUGGAGCUGGAGGCAGCAUUAGCUAGUCAGAAAGAGAAGGUGAAAAGACAGAAAGCAUUAAUCACACAGUACUUUAACUCCAAGACAAAGAAUGCUCGAAAUGCAGAAAGAAUAAAGGAGAUUGAAUCGGAAUUGAGGCAAAUGGAAGAGAUGAAGGUGCAGUACCAGAAGAAAAACUAUGAGCAGUCCCUUAGUAUCAAAGAAUUUGUCACUGAAUUAACCAGCCUGCAAGGUGAAAUGCAGCAACUAGCCAAAAAUCAACAAGCAAUGGCAACAGAGAACAGAAACCUGGGGAGCCAGUUGGCAGUAGAACGGAAACAAAGAAAACAGCUUGCGGAAGAGUGUCAGACGCUGGAAGACACAGUCAGGCACCUGAAGAAAUGCAAAGAGGAUACUGAACAGAAACUGAAAGAAGCCAGUAUAGAAUCGGAACAGAUAACUGCUAACCUGGAGGAAGCUCGCCACUGGUUCAAGUCUAAGUUCGAUAGUCUGCAGCGUGAAUUGGCAGAAAACAGACAACAGAAGAAUCCUGGUGAACACUACUGUGAGGAGGAGGAAAGGCCAGUAAAGCUCCCUACUGAGGCAUGUCUGAAGCGCUGGGAGACCAAGAACCACCUGAAAUUCAUCUCCAGGAAAUAUCUAAAUGAGCUAAAUAAGUGAAGGCUUUUUUGACAGGAGGUUCCAGGCUGCAAGAUAUAAUCCUGCACCUGUGAACACCACUUCUCAGGCUACCAGUGGUAUAUUACCUAGAGGGAGCCUAAGGCUGGACCUUUUCAGUGUGUGAGCAUCCGCUUCCUGAAAUUAGCAGAGGAGGAGGUCCUUUAUGAACUAGGUCUGCUCCACAUGAAUGGGGGGAAAAGUCCUUUUAAAAAGUAUGUAUACAAGCUGACUGGCAGCUGGGAGUCUUCUAAAUCUGUAUUAUGUACUGGGUUGAAUUUUUGACUCUUAAAAUACCUCCAAAGAACUUUCUGAGCAGUUUUACUAAACAAUAGUUUAUACAUGCCACCCUGCUAAAGAGAGGGUCUGUAAAUCCCUAUGACUGCAUAUUUACAAAUAGUAUGUCGCCUACACAGGGUGAGGGACAGGAUCAUGCCCAUCACACUCUCUAGCCUGUGCUAUGGAUGCAAUUACCACAGGAGGGGUUUCGUAGGAAUGUAUGGAGGGUAAAGGCCCUGGGGACUUUUAGAAUGGGAGAGCUGAAAUAUCCUAAAAUAGCCAUCUUACAGAUUUUUUUUAAAGCAAAACCCCACUGCUGGGUCCUAGAAUGUUCUUCCCACACUGGUUAUAUCAGAUUGCCAUAUUUCUCAUGGCACAAGGCUCAUGGUGCUGUAAAAAUACAGGACCUGCUGAAAAUGCAUCCUCUGACCCAGCUACUCCAAAGGACAACAACUUGACCCUCUAUAUCAGCCUUUCCCAACCAGUGUGCCUCCAGAUGUUGUUGGACCACAAUUCCCAU